CAGCCUUAUUUUCUCUUUGUUUCGUUAAAUCGAACGAAUCUAAGCCGUCAGUAGGGAGUCGCGUUGUUUUUGUAUCAGUGCCAUAUCCGCUUUUAAAAUUUCCAACGUAUUCCCUGAAUCUGGAGACAUGUCCGACGUGUUGGUGCCGGGCUUGUUCUUUUUGCUUUUUGCAGCGGUGGUAGCCGAGAACAACACUGAUGCGAGCAUACAGAUCAAGCACCAUUUUGUACCUCGCCAUAUAGAUAAGAAGUUUCCUGGGAAUAAACGGUUUGUCGAAGAUUACUAUUGGACCGAGGUGGUGAUUCCUGUGGGAAAACAGUUCCUAGUACGUUGCCCACGUGACGAGCCAUACGAUCACCCUAUCCAGCGCCACCGUUACUUGGUGGGGAUGAUUGACGGACGGUACAGUUCCAAUUUCACGACGUACGGCAGUCCGGGCUGUCCGGAUCUGUGGACUAACAACUUGCAGCAGCUCGGAAUCGGACGAGAUUGCUGGCAAGAGUCCAACUGCACCGUUUCCACACGAGACCCGUCCACGGAUCCGUGGUGCUCCAAGCGACCAUUAAUGCUACGAUUCCGGUGUCUGGAUGCUAGCAGUAUUAAGGCAAUAUUGGUGACAACGAUCAUAGAAUAAUCUGGACGGAAGGAAUUAGCGCGAUUGCAUGUUGCGCGGUUUGGGCUUUUCGGAGGUUGCACUCAGUUGCAGCAUACCGUACUUGUGCUACUGAGUAGUAUUUGGCCGAUUCUUUAUAGCACUAAAUUUUUGUAUCUAUAAUAGACAGUGACGUGGAACUGUACGUGUGAACUGAAUCCCACGGUACCAAAAAACGUGAAAUCUCUCUAAGUAGUAAAUACUGCAUGGCAGCAUGCGUAAGUCAAAAUGA